AUGGCCGACGUUCGCACCGUUGACAUGACUAGCCCUGAUCCACUACCGGUUCAGAUCGACACUCCAUUCUCCGAAAGAACUCAAUUCCCCGCCGAUGCAUUGAGCCCAAUCAAAUGGAGUGAGUUACUUGAGUCUUUCGACGGCAAUACACCUUCUCCAAACGAAUUGCCUGGUAUAUCGGCCAUACCACAAAUGCCAAUGCCAAGUCCACAGUCGCGGAUGGACACCAGCAAUGACAAUAGCACUCUCGACGAAUUUCCUUGGCUAUUACCCUCCGAUUCACAUAAACAACUCCUCUGGCCAUUACCAGUACCCCAUCAUCAAUCUGUACACCAAUGUUCCCAACUAGCCAUGUCGGCUAUCUCACGACUCGACGCACCAAUGACCCCAUGUCCAUCUCUCAACCGCUCAAACUGCCCCGAUCCACGAAUACAACCCACAGCGGGUCCUGGAGCACGAAGUUUCGACGAUAUUCUCAAAGACAGCCAUUCUUCCCUAGAAGAUGUCCUAGCAAUACUCGAAUGCCCCUGCUCCGUCAAAACAGAUCUUAUCUUCCUCGUCACAACCACGUGCACCCGCGUUCUAUCCUGGUACCAAGCAAGUCUAGACCGCAGCGCUGGCUGUCUCCCCCGCGAACCAGACAGCAGCAGUGGAUACAGCGAGAGCAGUAAUGGCAGUGGUAGCGGAAGCAGAAGUCGGAGCCGAAGUAGCCCCGGCGCACCAUCGUCGCUACGAUCAACCCCCGAGAGUAAUAUCCUGCAGGGAUUGUCGGAGUCGUUCCGUGAAUGGGUGUCGAUCCCGUCAAUUAAUGUGGGUGCUUACACUUUGGAACCAGCCCAGUCACGGCGCAUGAUUGCGCAGUUGAUUUUGGCUGAGAUUGAUAAGGUCAAGGAGGUUCUGGCGGCGUUUAGUCGUAGGUAUUGUCGUCAGAAGGGCAUGUAUGGUGGUGAUGAUAAUGAGAAGGGCUUGCAUAUGGCGUUGGAAGCGCACCUAAGGCAUCAAAUGAAAUCUGUGACUCUUACGGCGCGAGAGCUUUUGGGCUAA